UGAGGGUGGCGCGGGACACGCGCUUCUCCGCGUCGCCUGGGCUGCGGCUGCGGCGGCGGCCGGCAUGGCAGAGACGCAGCCCGGGCCCGGCGCGGCACCGCAGCUCAACGGGCUGCCCGACCACUCGCCGCUGCUGCAGCCGGGCCUGGCCGAGCUGCGGCGCCGGGCCCUGGAGGCGGGCGCGCCUCUCCAGCCGCUGCCGCUCACGGACGCCUUCCUGCUGCGCUUCCUGCGCGCUCGGGACUUCGACCUGGACCUGGCCUGGCGGUUAUUGAAAAACUACUAUAAGUGGAGAGCAGAAUGUCCAGAAAUAAGUGCAGAUCUACACCCUAGAAGUAUUCUUGGUCUUCUAAAGGCUGGCUACCAUGGAGUCUUGCGAGCCAGGGAUCCCACUGGCAGCAGAGUUCUUAUUUACAGAAUUGCCAACUGGGACCCAAAGGUUUUUACAGCUUAUGACGUAUUUCGUGUAAGUCUAAUCACAUCCGAGCUUAUUGUUCAGGAAGUGGAAACCCAACGGAAUGGGAUCAAGGCUGUCUUUGAUCUGGAAGGCUGGCAGUUUUCUCAUGCUCUUCAGAUUACUCCAUCUGUAGCCAAGAAGAUUGCUGCUGUACUUACAGAUUCCUUUCCAUUGAAAGUUCGUGGCAUCCAUCUGAUAAACGAACCAGCCAUUUUUCAUGCAGUUUUUUCCAUGAUUAAGCCAUUCCUAACUGAAAAAAUCAAGAAACGGGUUCAUAUGCAUGGAAACAAUUACAAGCCAAGCUUACUGCAGCAUUUCCCAGACAUUCUUCCUCUGGAAUAUGGUGGUGAAGGAUUCUGCAUGGACGAUAUCUGUCAGGAGUGGACAAAUUUUAUCAUGAAGUCUGAAGAUUAUCUCAGCAGCAUUUCUCAGCCCAUUUAGUAAGAAAAAUUUAACUUUUGUGAAUGGAUUCCUAUUUAAAAAUACGAGUGAUAUCCUACCUAGUUACUUGCAUGAAAGAAGAACUACUUCAUGCUAAUCUGAUCUGCUAAAAUGUGAACAAUGUCUAACAUGAGAGGCAUGACUAUUUGGGAAGCCCUUUAUUUUGAAAAUAUUUAAGCAAUUUUUUGAAGUAAUUAAAGGUCAGUACAUUUUUAAAGCAUACAAGAGAUUCCUUAGUUUUGCAUUUGAAGAAGCAACAUAGACAGUAAUUUCUGAAGUAACUGUUCUUGUAUAUCUUUGUAGGUUUUUGAACCAUUUCAUUUUCAAUAAAUUCUGUGAUCGCAUUGAUUUUCAAUAAAUUCAUAAAUAUUGAACUAAAAAGUAAUAUUAGUACAUAUGACUGAUGAUAAAAAACUACUUUUGGUGGAUGUCAAGUUACAUUAAGUUAAAAAUCUUAAUAUAACUUUAUAGCUACUUCUGUGAGCCAACAAGAUAGUUUAUUUCAGGGAAAUUCUAUAUUAGCAUGAUUUUCACUACAGAAACUUCUAUUUAAACAAUGUUUAUGCCAUAUUAUAUACAAUGCCUAUAUAUCUCUGAAAUUGAUCAUGUUGAUGAAAUUUAUUAACUAAUUUAUAAAGUGUUUCAGGUCAAAUUGAUAGUUUCUCAACAUUUUAUAUUUUCAAAAAAAUCAGGAAUAUUGAUUUCUGUUUAUGAUUGUUGUUAGUAUGAGACAUAGAGUUUUAGGGAGGGAAUAAUAUCCAGUUGUCAUAUUUAGACUAUUUUUGGUUGAACAGUAACAAAACUACAAUGGAAAGAAAAUGUUUACAAUGUUAGAUCAUUUUCAAUUUUGUCUUGUAUUUCCAUAUUGUACAAAAUAUAAUUUGCAUGUUACUAAUAUUUCAGCAUUUUCAAGGUAACUCCCAUUAAUAAUUUAUUUUUACUUAAAAACAAUUAAGAUGUACUAUUUGUAUUGCAGUUUAUAUCAAAGUGUAUUUCAUUAUUCAAAAGAGUGAAUUCAAUGUGACUUUGAUACAUUUUAUACUUAGUAUUUUAGAAUUAAUUUUAUU